AUGGUAUUUAACCCUGAUAAGAAAAAGAUGAAAGAGUAUUUCCUGAAUGGCAGGAUGUUAGGUAGCUUAGAGGAACAAAGGAAUUUUGGCGUAAUUAUUCACAGAUACCUGAAGUCAGCAGAGCAUUCAUUUUCACAGGAUCUGAAGAGAAUCUACAUGCAGAAAACUCCAACGAAACACCACACCAGGUUGCAGCAGAAUCACCCAGGUUGGAGUUGUCUGAAAUGCCAUCGGAUUCUGACCAUGGAAGGAAAAAGCGCUGUUUGCAGUGGAGAGGAACUAUACAUGUGUUCUGUGUGUGGACGAGGUUCCAGCCAACCAGCUGGUCUGCCAACACACACAUGCACUGGCCGUUGGGUGAAACCGUGGAAAUGUGGGGACUGUGGGGAGAGAUUCCGGUUCCCAUCAGAGCUAGAAACUCACUGGCGCACUCACACUGGGGAGAGGUCAUUCACCUGGUCCAACUGUGGCAAGGAAUUCAUUAAUUCAUCCAACCUGUUCAAACAUCGACGAGUUCACACUGGGGAGGGACUGUUCACUUGCUCCGAUUGUGGGAAGAGCUUCUGGCCUGCAGACACACCAAUGUGUUCAAACUGA